GGGACUUCCUAUGUUUGUUAAAUUCACAGCAAUUAUAGCUAUGAUUUUUACGAAAAACUAUCUUAUUUUUUCAUUUCUAAUAUUAUUUUUAGAAGGUUUUGAUGCUUCAACCAAGACUAAACAUACUUCAUGCCGGAGAAUGUUGGGUCAUAUUUUGGAGACAGAAAUGGAGUGCCACGACAAUGACGUCAUCUACGUUGAAAGACAGUUGAUCACAUCAGAAAACGUUAAAGACCUUCGUGUUGUCGAAAAGCCGUGCAAUGGCACAUCGAGAUCUGAAAUCUGCACCCAGUCUUUGCCUCUGAGCGGCUUAGACAGCCAUGACAGUGAUAGAAGUCAAUUUAUCGUAGGAGUAACAUGUAACCUGAAGAAGAGGUGUGUCUUGGAUAAGACAGCACUAAACAAAUCAUUUGAUGCCUUUCAUGGAACUUGUCAAGAAACAAACUUGACAAGGGAAUUUAUAGCUACCAGCUUCACUUAUAGAUGUGUGCCAAGGGAGAAAUUCAUCCACCUGGUGAAAAAUGAAAGUACAUUGAUCAUCACAGAUGUUCACCUUAUUACAGAAGAUCUCGAUGGAAACUUUUCCUGUGAGAUAAAUGGAACAGUACGUCGCCUAUCCUUGCUGGAGUUGUCACUAACACGUUUGGUUAUUUAUAGGGAUGAUGAAACUAUAUACAACAAUACCAGGGACGUGUAUGGUGUAGAUAUCACCCUGCGUAACAGUUCUAGCAAUAACAAAUGGUACAACUUAGACAUCUCAACAGAGAGGACUGGAAGAACUUGGAUUCAUCUUAAAGGAAAUUUUCAAAUUAGUUGCAAAUCAACAUUUUUAGCUGCGUACACGGGUACGACUGUGGACGCGUUGACGAAUUUUCCUACAGACACCAGACACCCGCAAGGUUCGACAUCAAAGACCAGCCUGCUACUUCUGUUGGUUAUCGGCCUUGUCGUGACUUUGGUGUUGAUGGUUGGACUCUAUACCUUACACAGAAGGAAAGAUCAAAAGAAGCUUGCUGAAUUAACUAAACAAACAGACACAGUUUCAAUUAACUUCAACCACCACGUGAUCGAGACACCUGUCAACAAUGAAGAGGAAGCAGGAAGAAAUAUUUAUUCUGAAAUCUCUUCAACCAGUAGAGAUACUCUGUCGUUCGGAAAUAAUACACAAAUCUAAACUGAUGACAUAUUAAAUGACACUAACGGAAACAGAGGACAGACAGAAAAUGUGAGUGGAAUCUGCAGUGUCGUCCACUAAUGAUAAAAAAGAAAAUGUAUUAGUGGAUGAAUUUUACAUUUAUAAGUAGUAACUUUUGUAUCAUUAGUGGUUGCUACAUAUCUCGCUGAACAAGGCGCUAUCGCAGAAAUAAGUUUGACCCCCCCCCCCCAAAAAAAAUUCUGACAGGUACAAACACCGACAUGGGAAGGAAGACAGAAUUAAGGUUUCCAAGUUGUAUCUGCCAGGGGUUUUCCACAAUUCAUUCAUACGAUAUCCUUUUCAUCAUUCACAAUAAUUGUUCCCUCUUCAUAUGAUUAUAUAGCUCUGAGUAUAGGCUUUCUAGUAAUGUAACCAUUGGAGUUUCGCAAGGCUCUAUUUUAGGCCCAUUGUUUUUUAUCCUGUAUAUUAAUGACUAUCCACAAGCACUGAAACAUUCUCAUGUAAAUAUGUAUGCAGAUGAUACUUCACAAGAUGUAACAGAUAAGUCAGUGGAAAAUAUUGAGUCAAAGAUGUGUGAAGAUCUUCAGCGCAGUAUAAUGUGGAUUAAGGAAAAUAAAUUAAGCUUAAACCUGUCUAAAACUCAAUGUAUGCUUAUUGGAUCGACACAAAAAUUAUCAAAGUAUCGAAAAUUAAAUUUAGUGAUAAAUAACCAUGUCAUAGAAUGUGUUCAGGAGUCAAAAUUACUUGGUAUUAUUAUUGAUGAAACUUUGUCCUGGAAAAGUCAUAUAGAAUCACUUAUGAACAAGAUUUCCAAGAGAAUUGGCAUUUUAAGAAGAAUAAGAUAUUUUAUGUCGAAUGAUGCGCUGCUGAAGAUUUUUAAUACUAUGAUUUUUCCACAUUUUACAUAUUGUUGUACUAUAUGGAGCAAUCCAAGAAAUGCUGAAAAUGUGAAUAAGCUUUUUAUAUUGCAAAAACAAGCUGCAAGGGUAAUUCUUAACAUCAGAAAUUUUGAAACACCAUCUAAUGUCAUGUUUACAGAACUUAACUGGUUGCCUCUAUCAGAUUACUUUGUCUAUAGAAAAGUCAUUUUAGUGUAUAAAGUUUUACAUGGUUUAAUGCCAGAUUAUUUAAAUGUUUUUAAAUAUGUAUCAGAAGUCAGUCAGAGGCAAACUAGAAAUUCUUAUUCAAAUAUAUUGUAUAUACCCAGGGCAAAUAUUAUAGAUCUUUCAGCAUUUCAGGGAGCACAGUGUGGAAUGCCUUGAGUCAAAAUAUAAGAAACUCAACGAGUGUUGCGUGUUUUAAGAGAAAUUAUCUUAGAAAUUAUCACCAUACUUUUUAAGCUUCAUUUUGUAUUCUAUUUAUCUUACAUUCAUAAUUAUUUCUUAAGUUUAUAUGUAUUCUACUUCUUUUAAUCUGUGUUUAUUUUACUAAUAUCUCUCUGUAUGUAUGUUAUAUGCAGGACCAUAUUGAAAACUAGCGUUAUCGCUAAAUAUGUAAUCCUGGUUAAAUAAAGAUCUUAUUAUUAUUA